AAAUGUGUCAAUGUCAAUGCGAUUUAACCUUAAAAUGAGAGUUUUCAAAAAAUAUCUUAUUUGACGAAAUACUACUAUUUAGCAAAGUUUCUUUAAAAACUCGGAUAGACAAAUACUGUAAGUUAUGUUACGUGCGAGAAAUUACGCAAUAUGUUUUUUUUAAACAAAAAAAUCACAAUUUUAUAUGGCUCUCAAACUGGAAAUGCUCAAGACUUGGCAGAAAGAAUUUGGCGAGAAUCGAAACGAUUUUAUUUUCAGAGUAGUGUUUCAACCUUGAACGAGUACGAUGUUUCCCAGAUAGCUCAAGAAAACUGUUUGAUAAUUGUUUGUUCGACCACAGGUCAAGGAGACGAACCAGAAAAUAUGAAGAAGUUUUGGAAAUUGUUGUUACGAAGGAGUUUGCCCUCAGAUUUAUUAAGUGAUGUAAGGUUUGCUAUACUUGGUCUUGGCGAUUCUAGUUACACAAAGUUUAAUUUUGUUGCUAAAAGACUCUAUAAACGUAUUCUGAACCUAGGAGGAGAACCUAUCUUGCCUAUUGGGUUAGCUGAUGAUCAACAUGAUCUUGGUUACGAUGCCAUAGCAGAUCCAUGGAUAGAGAAUUUGUGGUUGAAAUUAACAGAAACUUAUCCUUUACCGCAUGGCAUUGAGCCCCUUCCAAAGAAUUUACCUAUAUUACCUAGAUGGAAUAUUGAAAAAGAUGGUAAAUUAUUAAAAAUUAAUAAUAUAAAUAAAAAUCAUUCUUUAUAUUAUUCCACAAGAGCAAAUAAUGAAUUUUGUACAGUUGUUCUAGAUAAUGUGCGGCAAACAGACUUACAUCAUUUUCAGGAUGUCAGACUUAUUAAAUUUCAAUGUGAUUUUCAAGAAUAUAAGCCUGGGGAUCUACUAGUACUAAGGCCAAGAAAUCUUGUGUGGAAAAUAAAUGAAUUUAAAAGCGUAUUAGAAGAGAAUGGCGUUGAUAUACCUGAUCACACUAUAAUCAAAUUAAUCGAGAACAAUCAGAAAGUACCUGUUCCUGAAGUAUUAAAAGCCGAAGUUACUUUUCAGCAACUGUGUGAAGAAUAUUUUGAUUUGUUUUCAAUACCCAGAAGAACUGUAUUUCAAGUCCUUUCUCAGAUAACAGAUAGUGAGUUAGAAAGAGAAAAAUGUUUGGAAUUCACCUCCGCCGAAGGACAAGAAGAGAUGUAUUCCUAUACAAAUCGUCCCAAACGGAAUAUCGUUGAAGUUUUGAGGGAUUUUCCGCAUGCCACCAAAAAUAUAACACUGGAAACUUUGUUUGAAAUAAUUCCAUCUAUAAAACCCAGGGAAUUCUCCAUUGCAAGUAGCUUUAAAGUUCAUAAACAUGAGCUCCAUCUUCUGGUAGCCGUAGUCAAGUAUAAAACAAAUUUGAUCAAAGAGAGAUUUGGUUUAUGUUCCAAUUUUUUGUCUGAUUUGAUAUCUGGUGACAGGAUUUCGGUAUGGUUAAAGCCAGGUUUCUUUAAAUUUCCCAAGGAUCUGAGUGUUCCUGUAAUUUUGGUAGGUCCUGGUACUGGCGUGGCACCAUUUAGGAGUUACAUAUAUGAAAUGACCGCUGGAGAAUGUAGUCCAGAAAAUCUGAUAUUAUUUUACGGAUCCAGGUAUAAAGAUAAGGAUUUUAUUAUAAAAGACGAUGUAGAAAAAUGGGUUAAUAAAGUGUCUGUAAUAUGUGCAUUUUCAAGGGAACAAGAACACAAGAUCUACGUGCAGGAUAAAAUUCGAGAACAUGGUGAAUUGGUUUGGAGAGCUUUAGAAAAAAAGGGAUACGUUUUUAUUGCAGGCAAUUCAAAGAAUAUGCCUCAGGCGGUACGAGAAUCCUUUAUUAAUGUAUGUGAGAAAUGGGGCAACUUAAGUAAUACAGAAGCUGUAAGAUUUAUUGAAGUGAUGGAAAAAGAAAACAGAUACCAAACCGAAUGUUGGUCAUAGUCUAAAUAACAAAUUUUAGAAGAUAUUAAAUAAAUUUGUAUAGAAAUACCAAAUACAUUUUAUAUUUAUAACGAUUGUUGAACAAAUUAUACAUUACUAUUGUUUCAAGAA